UAAAGCUGCAGGAAAUCCAAGUGCGACGGACCGCACUCACAGAAUCUCCUUAAAGGUGCACUGUGAGACUCAACAGCGACACUUUUCCCCUCUUCCCUCAAAAAAGGAAUCAAAGCAACAUCAUGCGCGAGUGCAUCUCCAUCCACGUGGGCCAGGCCGGCGUCCAGAUGGGCAACACGUGCUGGGAGCUGUACUGCCUGGAGCACGGCAUCCAGCCGGACGGGCAGAUGCCCAAGGACAAGCCCACCGGCGGCUACGACGACUCCUUCACCACCUUCUUCAGCGAGACCGGCAACGGGAAGUACGUGCCCCGGGCCAUCUUCGUGGACCUGGAGCCCACCGUGAUCGAUGAGGUCAGAACCGGAACCUACCGGCAGCUCUUCCACCCGGAGCAGCUGAUCUCAGGGAAGGAGGACGCUGCCAACAACUACGCCCGCGGCCACUACACUGUGGGGAAGGAGCACAUCGACGCCGUCCUGGACAGGAUCCGCAAACUGUCGGACCAGUGCACGGGGCUGCAGGGCUUCCUGGUCUUCCACUCCUUCGGAGGAGGAACCGGCUCCGGCUUCACGUCUCUGCUCAUGGAGCGACUCUCCGUAGACUUUGGCAAGAAGUCCAAGCUGGAGUUUGCCAUCUACCCGGCCCCCCAGGUGUCCACGGCGGUGGUGGAGCCGUACAACUCCAUCCUGACCACCCACACCACCCUAGAGCAUUCCGACUGUGCCUUCAUGGUGGACAACGAGGCCAUCUACGACAUCUGCCGCAGGAACCUGGACAUCGACCGCCCGUCCUACACCAACCUGAACCGGCUCAUCAGCCAGAUCGUGUCCUCCAUCACCGCCUCCCUGCGCUUCGACGGAGCCUUGAACGUGGACCUGACGGAGUUCCAGACCAACCUGGUGCCCUACCCCCGUAUCCACUUCCCCCUGGCCACCUACGCCCCGGUCAUCUCUGCGGAGAAGGCCUACCAUGAGCAGCUGACCGUAGCUGAGAUCACCAACUCCUGCUUCGAGCCCACCAACCAGAUGGUGAAGUGCGACCCCCGUCACGGGAAGUACAUGGCCUGCUGCCUGCUGUACCGCGGAGACGUGGUGCCCAAAGACGUCAACGUGGCCAUCAGCAACAUCAAAACCAAACGCAGCAUCCAGUUCGUGGACUGGUGUCCUACUGGUUUCAAGGUGGGCAUCAACUACCAGCCCCCCACCGUGGUCCCCGGGGGAGACCUGGCCAAGGUGCAGAGAGCCGUGUGCAUGCUCAGCAACACCACGGCCAUUGCCGAGGCCUGGGCCCGCCUGGACCACAAGUUCGACCUCAUGUACGCCAAGCGGGCCUUCGUCCACUGGUACGUGGGCGAGGGCAUGGAGGAGGGCGAGUUCUCCGAGGCCCGGGAGGACAUGGCCGCCCUGGAGAAGGACUACGAAGAGGUCGGCCUGGACUCGUUUGAGGAUGAAGAAGAGGGGGAGGAAUAUUAAACGAAGAUCAAGUUCCCUCCAGAGCCGAGCGCUGAUGUGCAUUUCAAUGCGUGGUGUUUAGACGAGUAACGAACGCCACUUUUAAUAAACACCAGUUUCUCCAAAAAGGGACUUUUUGAAUGAGAGAAUCUCUCAACUUUGUUUUCUAAUAAAGCUGUUUAUUCCUAAUAAAGCUGUUUAUUCCUUCUAA